AUGGUGGGCGAAGGCACAGUUCUGAAAGGAAGAUGGAAACUCACCCGCAAAAUAGGCCAGGGGGCAUUUGGAGAAAUUUACAGCGGUUGUGACCUUAACACUCAAGAUCCUGUAGCAGUAAAACUUGAGAGAUGGGACAACAAAAAAGCAGUCUUGAAAAUGGAGGUUGCGGUCCUCAAGAAAUUGCAACAUUCACCAUUUGCAUGUCGCUACGUGCAUUGCGGGCAUUUUGAAAACCAUAACUAUCUUGUUAUGGAACUCCUUGGAGACAAUCUAUCAGAGUUGAGAAGAAGACGCCCGAAUGGCAGAUUUUCACUGUGGACGACUGUCAGGCUUGGCAUUCAGAUGGUUCAAGCUGUCAAAGCGAUUCAUGAAUUGGGGUACCUACACAGAGAUGUAAAGCCUUCUAACUUCGCAAUGGGCCUGGCUCCUGGAAGAAGAGAGCAGUGUGUUAUGAUUGAUUUUGGCUUGACGAGGAAAUUUCGUCUCCCGUCAGGUCAGAUCAGGCCUGCUCGGGACAUUGCUGGAUUUAGAGGGACUGCUCGUUAUGCCUCGAUCAAUUCGCAUCUUUCGAAAGAAUUGAGUCGCCGAGAUGACCUCUGGUCAGUCCUGUACGUAUUGAUCGAAUUCCUCACUGGACAACUGCCUUGGCGCAAGUUGAAGGACAAAGAAGAGAUUGGACUUCUCAAAAUCCAUUUCAAUAGCGCAGAGCUUGUCCGCGAUCUUCCUCCAACAUACCUCAGCUUCAUGCAGCAUCUGCAAGCGUUGGAUUACCUUGACUGCCCAGAUUAUGAUUAUCUUGUACAGCUAUUAGAUCAGGAUGGCAAAGUAAUUGAAACAGAGGCAUAUGAUGAUGGAACGGGGAAUGUCCGCUUUGAUGGAAGCAGGUGA